AUGUGUGAUUCCUAAUGGGGAUAGUUAAAUGGGCAAUUUAUAAUAGUAGUAAGAAAUCAAUAACACGUAGAAGCCUUAAUGAAAAGUGAAUCAUAGUUACUUACAAGUCUAGUUAAAAAUGUACAAUAUUUAUAUUUUCAAUUUUAGCAUAUUCCUGUUGUAUUUAAAGAUGAUGUACAUAUGUUUUAGUAGCCAAUUGAAUUAAUAUUGGAUUACUUCAAUUAACCAAUAGAAAUUAUUGAAACUAAUAUUCUAAGCUUUUAGACAUUAAUCUAGAAAUUUGUUUAUUAAAGACCUAUUCCAAAAUUAAGGGAGUUAAAAAAAAUUAGAAAAACAAGUUCAACUGAGAGAAUAAAGAAACCUAAUGGAUAUGAUAGAAUAUAUGAUAUAUUAAAUAUUGAAAGGAAAUUAGAAUAGAUUAAGAGAGAUGAUAUUUAUAUAUUUAAAGAUUUAUCUAAAUCUGUUGAUCCUUAGAUAAUUAAGGGAUUCAAUAAUGAUUAUGAUUUUGGAGUGUUAAUUGUGAUAUAUGAAAAAUUGGGAUUUAGUCAUAUUGAUCUUUUAAAUGAAGUUGUUAAAUUCUAUGUUUAAGAAAAGAAUUAAAAAAUAUUAUCAUAUUUAAAUUUAUGGUUGGAUUAUCGAUAAGUAGAUUUGAUUAAUGAUAAUAGUGUAUUUUGCACAAUAUUUUUGUAAUUUUUAAAUUUAGUUGAAUUGAUUGAUAAUGCUAAAUAGAAUGAAUUAGAAUAGAAAAUAAAAGUUAUUUUAAAUGGAAAAAAGAAUAUACUUACAACAACAUUGAAUUCACCAUCUCCAACUCUUUUAUAAAGAAAAUAAAGUCUUGAUCAUCCAUAAAAGAAUAAGAAAUUUAGAAAUUUAUCAAUGCAAAUAUUGAAUUAAUCAAUAAUUUAGAAUCUAUCUACUUAAUUUGAUGGCAAUUGUUUCUACCUAAAUUGUAAUGUUGAAAUUCUAUAAAAAUAAUUUUGGAUUAUUGAUAUUGAACAAUUCUCUAAGAUAAGUAUAACAGCUAUGCUUAACUAAAACCAUUUAAUCAAGUAUUGUCAGUAAUAAUUUACAGGAAUGAUGAAAUUAGCGAUUAUUUUGAUUAUCUUUUAUUCCAUAUGAUAUUUAGUACAAUCAUUAGCACAAAGGACGAGAAAUUUAUACUCAUAACAAAAUUUAUUAACUUAUAUCAACUCUCAAAAGAAGCAAAACAUUAUCAAAUGUUACAUAUUCUAUUUACUUAUUUUAAUCAUUACAUUAUUCAAUCAAUUUUAAAGUCUAUUUAUGCAUUAAAUCCACUUUAAAAGAUAAUCCUCUAAGAAAUCUUAGAAAAAGAACAUUAUAGAACUUUGAUUUAAAUAGAUAUUAAUGAUAGAUAAGGUAUUAUUCCAUGUUUCAGUCUCAUAUAACUUUAUGUUUAUAAAUUUUAGGAUAUCAAAGAUCAAUAAUCAAAUAAAUUAAUCUUACUUGCACAAUAACUAUUUUAAAUUGUACAUUUAUAAGUACUUAUUAAUAAAUUGAAUGGAUCAUAAGCUAAUUAUAAAGAUCAUUAUAUUUGUAAAUACUUGAAAACAGGUUUAAAACAAUAAUUAUUAGGACAUUUUGGUUGUAAGAAAUCAAAUAUUGAGAUAUAAAUAUUAAAAUAUUUUAAUACACUAUGA